UUCAAUUUUUUUUAAUUACUUAUUUAUUAAUUUAUAUUUAAAAAAUAAAUUACUAUUAAAAAAUGAAAUUCAUAAAUUACAUAUAAUAAAAAAAAAUUGUGUAAAUAAUAAUCAUUGUAAUAAUAAUGUAUGCUAUUAUAAUAAUAAAAGUGAAAAAAAAUUACCUGACCGUUUCGAGCUAUUUUUCAAUUAUCUCCUGACUUAUUCAGAAAAAAAUGUAAUUCGCAUUGGUCAGAAAAAAAAAAAAAAAUAUAACAAUAAUAACAAUAAUAAUGAUAAUAAUAAUAAUAAUAAUAAUAAUAAUAUAAGAAAUGGAAUAUAUUUAAAAGAGGAGAAGAUAUGUACUUCAUACGAUAAUCCAAACAAAGAGAACAAAAUAUUAAAUAAUAAAUAUAAUUAUAAUGAUCUAAAUAUUGAUCAGAAAAGUAUUUAUGGUAUGAGUGAGCAUCAUGAACGUAUGAUUAAACAUGAAGAGGGAGAAAACAAAAUGAAUUAUUAUGAUGAGGAAAUAUUUAUGAAAGAAGAUGAAAAAGAAAGGAACUUCAGUUUAAAAAUAUAUCAAAAUUGUAAAAGUUCUUUGUCUUUAAUAAAACUUUUUGUUAUUUUUGAAAUUAAAGAGAUGUUAGAAUUAUACGAAAUAAUACAAAAGGAAUUAUUACUUCCUCAUUUGUAUAUAAAUAAAAACGAGUAUGAUACAACUACUACAAAUAAUGAUAAUAAUAAUGAUAAUAAUAAUGAUAAUUUUUUGGUGAGUUCACUUCUUUCUACAGAUAUAUAUAUACAAGAGUUUAAUCUGUUCAUAAAUAGAAAUAUAAAUAAAAAUAUAAUAUUAAAUCAAAACACCAUUUUCAUAAAAAAUAGAAAUGAAGAGUUGUGUUGUGAUAAAUCACAAAUGGUUGAUAAGGAAGAAAUUAUAAAAAUAGAAAUUGAAGAGAUAAAAAAUGAAAAUAAAAAGAAUGAUAUAUACAUAGGAAUAAAAAAUCAGAGAAGUGUUAAUCAAUACAAUGUCGAGAAUACUUAUAAGGAUAUUCCAAAAGAAAAUAUAGAAAGAGAAAGAAAUGUAUAUUUAAAUAAUAUAUUAUGCACUAGUGUUUAUUAUGAAGAAGAUGUCUUAUAUGAAUAUUCAUUAUGUGAAAAAAUGAAUAUUAUAUUAAAAGUAGAAAGAGAAGAUUCAUUUAAUAAAAAAAUUAAUAAUGAUAAAAACAUUAUUGUAACGAUAUAUGCUCAUAAUUUUGUUGGUUAUAUUUUACCUACACAUGUAAAUUUUAUUUAUUAUUUAUAUUCCAUAUAUUAUUUAAGAAAAAAAAAAAGUACACAUAUUUUUAAUUGUUGUAUGAGAAAUGUAUUACGAGAAAAAUGUCGAGUGAAUAAAAAAAAAUGGUAUGAAUAUAAAAAUAAUGAGUAUAAAGAAAAAGAUGAAAAAAAAAAAAAAAAAAGUCCCCUUUUUAUUAUUAAAAUAAUUAUCAAAAAUUUUAAAUUACAACUUUUUUGUAUUUCAAACCAAUAUAAUGUUCUUAAUAAUGAUAGUAAUGUUGUAUGUACAAAGGGUUUAGGAAAUAAUAAAAAUGUGAUAA